CGGAUAUGGUUAUAAAGGCCGCCUCCGCCUUUUUGUGCAAGAAACACUCUAGUUUUCCGCUCUCAGAAACACACGGAAGAGAGGGGACGGGAAAGGAAGACGACUAUGGUGUCCUUGAAGUUACAGAAGCGGCUCGCCGCUAGCGUCCUGAAGUGUGGUCGCGGCAAGGUUUGGAUCGACCCCAAUGAAAUCAAUGAGAUCUCCAUGGCCAACUCCAGGCAGAACGUCCGGAAACUUGUGAAGGAUGGUUUUAUUAUCCGGAAGCCUACCAAGAUUCAUUCCCGUUCUCGUGCACGCCGAAUGAAGGAGGCCAAGAGAAAGGGCCGACACUCUGGAUAUGGGAAGAGGAAGGGUACCCGGGAGGCAAGAUUGCCGACGAAAAUCCUAUGGAUGAGGAGAAUGCGUGUGUUGAGGCGAUUGCUUCGCAAGUACAGGGAGUCUAAGAAGAUUGACAAGCACAUGUACCAUGACAUGUGCAUGAAGGUGAAGGGUAAUGUGUUUAAGAACAAGCUUGUGUUGAUGGAAAGUAUCCACAAGUCCAAGGCCGAGAAGGCAAGAGAAAAAACACUUUCUGACCAGUUCGAGGCCAAGCGUGCUAAGAAGCGAGCAGGGAGAGAAAGAUGGGCAGAAGAGAAGAACGCCUUGCACAGGUAGUUCUUCACAUCUAUU